UCAGUCGCAGCCACCAUGUCGCGGACGCGGGUUCACUCCUCCAUCAUGGCCUCCACCGCCGUCGCCGUCCUGGCCCUGCUCGCGGCCUCGGCCGUGCUGGCCGCACCCGCCGCCCAAGACACGGAGGGCGCGGCGGGCGCGGCGGUCGCGGCCACGGGCGACAAGGCGUCGCAGGCCCUGCUCUAUGAGGCCGCCGACUCGGACACCGCCAGCAACAAGAAGGACCGCAAGAAGAAGCAGACCACCACCAUCUGCGUGCAGGUGUCGCCCGGCCGGCCCGGCCACAGCCCCGCCGUGCUGUGCGGCGACAAGGACGACGUGGACGAGCAGAAGCGGCGCCUCGAGCUGCAGCGCCUGAUGCAGGCCCCCGUGGUGCAGGUGCAGCCGCAGGCGGGCUACUUCGGCUCGCCGCACGUCGUCAACAUCGUCCCCUCCGGCUCCCCCGGCCUCUCCGACUCGGUGACCAUCGAGGCGCCCGGGCAGAGCCGCACCGACUCCGUGGUGGUGGGAGCCAACGCCCCCGCCUCGCUGGGCACCUUCACCUUCACCAGCUCGCCGUUCUUCCGCGCCGCCGACGCCGGCCAGCAGCCCCAGCCAGCCCAGCAAGCCCAGCCCCAGCAGCCCGCGAGCGUGCACGUCGAGUCCAAGCCCGCUGCCCCCGAGGGCCACUCCCUGAGCGGCGCGUUCGCAGCCACCGCGCCGCCCCUGCCCGCCGCCACCGCCGCCACCAACACCGACCACGCCAACAAGCCCCAGGCGCGCUCCUUCGGCGACGAGGAGAUCAUUGUGUCGCAGCAGUCCGGCCACGGCUUCGGCUACGGCUCCGGCGGCCCCCAGCAGGUCACCACCGUCGUCCGCGAGGACCCCUACCACGGCGGCGCGUCCCAGGUGGACAUCAUCAAGAGCGGACAUCCCGGCGGCUUCAUCGGCGCCGGCCCCAUGGGCUUCCACCAGCAGGCCCCCAUGAUCGGCGGCAUGGGCAUGAACUUCCGCGCCGCCGAGGUGGCCAACGCCGCCGCCCAGCCCGCUGCCCCCCAACAGCAGCAGCAGCAACAGCAGCAGCAACUGCAGCAGCAACAGGCUAGCGGCCAGCCCCGCGCGGCCGUGCUGCUGCAGCAGCCCGUGGUGUUCCAGAAGGACGUGGUCAUCCCCGCCGUCGGCACCUCCAAGCUGUCCGUCACCGGGCCUGCCGCCGAGGUGCGCAUGCCCACCCUGUCCCAGCUCCUCAACCCUUUGAGCCCCCAGUCCGGCCUGGGCCACCUGACGCCCCUGGCCACCGCGCAGCCACUGCCCCAGCGCGUCGAAAUCCGCCAGAACACCGGCCAGGCCAGCAUCCCCAUCACCCUCAACUGCGACCUCAGCACGCUGCAGUACAGGGGAUCCCCGCAGCAGCAAGUUCAGCUGGACCUCGGCCGUCCCGGCAUCGGCGGCGUCUACCUCACCAACGCCCGCGCCGCGGAGACAGACCUCAGCGACCCCCUGAAGCAGACCCUGGGUGCCGCCAUGGACGCCGCGGUGCGCAACUCGACCGUGACCGUGCACCUCAACGGGAGCGCGAUGCAGCCCAACGACCUGCCCAAGCUGCAGGAAGAGCUCCUGAUGCUGCAGCAGCGCGAGAAGAUGCUGUACGAGACGAUCCAGUCCCUGAAGGCCGCCGGCUCCAGCCACCCGGAUCACGCCGCCGCCAUCGUGGGCCUGGAGCACGCCGCCGACCAGAUCAGCAAGGCCCGCGCCGCAGUGGAGCAGGCCAUCACGCAGCCCGGAGCCGCGCCCUCGGCAACACCAGCGGGAGGACCGCAAGGAGCACCGCAAGGAGCACCCAGGGCCGCCGACGCUUUCGGCGACGCGCAGUCCUUGUCGCCCGGAGGCCUCCAGGACCGCAUGCGCAGCUCGGCGCAGUUCCGCUACAUCUCCGACCCCGCCCUCGCCAUGGGCCCCUCGUCCUCCGUCGCGGUCUCCAUGUCCCCGUCCGUGCACAGCGCUGGCAUCUACCCCACCCGCCAGGAGACCACCAUCGUGAGCAGCAGCAACAACUUCGGCAACCCGCUGCGCGUCGGCGGUAGCAUCGGCGGCGGCUUCGGGGGCGGCGGCUUCGGCGGCGGCUUCGGGGGCGGUUUCGGCAAUCGCCCACACAUUGGCGUGUACCGCGCGGCCGAGCCUCAGCCCGCGCAGCCCCAGGCAGCUCAACAACAGCCCCAGCCUGCUCAACAACAGCCUCAGCCAGCCCAGACACAGUUCCAGGCAGCCCAACAGCGAGACCAGCCCCUGAUCCAGCCCGCCGUCCCCGGCAGCCAGGCGACGCAGCAGAAGCUGCUGCAGCAGCUGCGCGAGGCCCAGACGGACCUCAUGAACAUGCGGUCCGCCGCGCUGCCCCGCGACGAGCCCCGCCAGGCCGCCAACGCCAACUCCAACUUCGGCCCCACCGCCUCGCCCUUGACAGCCGGCGAGGACGAGUUCCCGCCCACGCCCGGCUACCAGUACGUCCCCAAGGCGGCCGACGCGGUGCCCUCCCAGGCGCCAUCCCAGGCGCCCUCCCAGGCGUCCUUCUCCGCGAGGGCCGGGCCCCUCUCCUUCACCGCCAACGCCAACGGACCCGCGCUCCUGCCCGCUCCGCAGUCGCCGAAGAGCAACUCGCCUAGGCAGGCCAACAGGUACUGGCGGCGGUAGUGUCUGACCAGUGAAGUUUGUAGCCCAUUUCAGGCUGGUACAAAUUGUGUGUUUUAAAGAGUUCCCUGGUCAAGAAUUAGUACAAGGCGAAUGUGAAAAUUGUGUUGUGAAAUUAUGUUUAUUGUUUUGGAAAGUACAAAGUUUUUAAUGUUCGUGUUGAGCUGCGGAAGCUGUGUUAAGUUUAUUUGUUUUAUAAAUAUGUUUCUAUAAUAAAAUAUCUAUGAAUACAA